AUAACAUCCGACCUUGAGGUCACAAAUGUGCGUUAAACCAGGAAACAGAAGAUUUGUAUUUCUGAAUUAGCGCUACAACUCUCAGUGCUAUGCUUGAGGACAGAUAUUUCUAAAUUUCGUUACAAUGGAUUUUUUUAUUGGUCGUACAUUAUCCAAAACACGGAUAUUAUCUGCGUGUUGUUUAAUCAUCAUUUCGAUUUCGACAAUAUACAGUAAUAUAUUAGACAAAUGCAGCAUUUCUCAAAGUCGUUUAGCACGUUCCAUCUUAAAUGAGAAAAGAUUGUUUUCCCACUAUUUAAAUAUACAGGUGUUGCUAUGAACGAACUAUGCCCUUUUCAUCCUAAACAUGAUAUUUAUGCUAUUCAUGAACAAAUGAAAAAUAAAAUUUCUGAUUAUGAUUGGGAAUGUCAAAUGUGUGGUAAACGAUUCUACACAGAAAAUACAUUUGAUUUACAUAUUGGCAAUAGACAUGAAACAAAUGCUUAUAGUACCAGUCGUACAAUUUGUUUAUCGUCCUAUUGUUCGUUACUUCGUUGUUCUGUACUAAAACCAGUUAUUGAUUAUGGUUAUCAAGUGUUUUGGGAUGAAGCAUUAUGUGAUCCAAAGUCGUUUGAAGCUAUUUCAAAGCAAUGUGAGGAUAUCUUGAAUAAAUGUACACCAUCUGGAAAUGACAGUAGCAGUACACAAAUACGUCAACUACUUCAAACUACAUUAUGUGAUCAGUUAUCUUGUGAUCGAUAUUGGAUUUUACCAGAUUCACAUAUUCAAACUUCUGUAUGGGAAAAAGUACUCACUGCACUUAUCGUAACAUCUGGUUUAUUGACUUAUUAUUCUGUAAUAUUUAUGAGAUUAAGGUUUGGUGACUGCCCAAAAUUUUGUAAUCCUCGCGGUUUGUUUAAUUGCGAAAUUCAAUUUUCUUCAAAAAUAUUAGCUGACGAUGUGCAAUAUAUAAUGCCAUGUAGUAUCGAUCUCUUAGCAAUAAAAUGUCAACAAAAUCAUCAUGACACAUGA